GAGCGAUCGCCAUGAUUCACUUGCUCUGAUCGCGGAUUGAUCGACAAUCACGUGAGCUUUUUUCCUGGACAAGAGAUGUUGAUCCUUCGAGAGUCGAAACACACCUGGGCAGCCUUGCUUGCUGUUGGCUCCAGCGGAGGGCACAGUGAGGGCAAAGUCAGAGUCGACAACACUAUGGACGAACGCGAAACUUCAAACGGGCUCUUUGAAAUGGCCCGUCUGGUGGACGUGGAGCCCAAGGCCCUCAGGAAUUGAAGGCGAGAUGAAGGAUAUAUAUAUCAAGAGCUUUUCCUCCAGGUGAACAAAUCCAGAACUGCCAGAAUACAAUCCACAGCAAUCACCUCAUUUCAAAGCCUUAUUACUCCAUAUCCAAACUACAACCGCAAACAUGGUCCGCCUUACCUUCAUCGCUGCCGCUGUCUUCGCCUUGGGCGCUGCUGCAAGCCCCGUCGUCGAGAUUGCCCGUGACAACUGCGGUACCAACAUCGGUGACUGCUACGGCAACGGUUGCGAGGGUGUUUUCGCCAACCCUAACGACCAGUACGGUACCUGCUCCGCUGGCCGAUACGCCGGAUGCGAAUGCCGCAAGUGCGGUGGCAAGACCAACAGCUUCCGCGGAGCCUGCAACGACAAUGGCUGCAUGGGUCUUGCUGGUAUCUGCCAGGCUGGCAACUACCAGGGAUGCCCCUGCAACUAGACUCAAGAGUUUGAGCUCUAUAGAACGAUAGCCAAAGAAGACGUCCGAGGUUCUUCUCAGCAUUUAGAUUAGUCAAAGACAGCCGUAGUGUGAUAUUCUCAAGUAUGCUACACUAUACCAAACUCUACUUUGUCAAGUC